AUGAUGAAUAGGGGGUACGCUAACUUAAACGCUUUUGUAGAGAGAGACAAACAGGACAGCAGACGGAUUAGCCAGGUUGAGCGUCACAGGAAAGAUUCACACAUAUCAAAUGAGAGGACUCACAAACAUGGACUUGUUCCGAGAGAUUUAAGAAGUCAAGCUUCUACCAUUGACCAGCACCUUCUCUUCCGUAGGGGCAGCAGGGGGGGAGACCACGAUGAGGGAAAGAAGGGGUUCCAGCAGGGUUUGAAUCUCCCUAGGGAGUGGAACGACCAGACGGAAAGGAGCCCGAACAUGGCAGGCACCAAGGGUGGAAGUGUAUUAGGUAGCAAAACGGACCACCGAGGUGACCACAAGGCUAACCGGAAAGAUGACCCCAAAGUACAUUCCAAACAUCACAAGUCUUCCCACCACCGUCACCAUAAGGACGCACACCGACAUCAUCGUAGGGACUCACACCGACACCAUCGUGGAGACCCACGCCGUCACCACCACCACCACCAGAAGGAAAUGGACGCAAAGGAGACUUCAUCGAGUGGUCUCCUCUGGAGCUGCGUCAAGAGUGUAUGCUCCUCCUUUGCAUCUGUCGUGAGGAAAAACAUUUUUACCAACGAAAUGAAUACGAGUGACAGCGGGAGGGGUAAAAUUAUUUCCGAUCAGUCUAGACUUAUCGACAAGAAUGCACAGAGGAACAAACAGAGGGAUGCGAGAAAGGGAGAAGAGUUUCUUGAACAAGACAAUAAUCUACAAAACAGAAAUGGUGAUAUAAUGCCACGUCGGACGAAAAAAAUAAAAAACGCAUCAUAUGAAUUUUCGGAUAACGAUUUGAAAAAUUUAUUUAUGCUGGAGAGUGAGGAAAGGGGGGAAGGGCACUCGAAGGAGGAUGCGAAGCGAGUGAACAGUGGUGAAGGUCUUGAUGGAAGGAGCGAACGUGGGGAGUUGGGCCCAAAAAUUGUUCAGAAGGACGAUGCGGCAACUGUCGACGUGAAAGGGGAGGUGUCCAUAAAAGGAGAGGCAUCCGUAGGAGCGCCGCAAUCAGUUCCAAACAUAAUGGUAAACAACGGAAGCUUUAACAAGCUAAGUCAGAGGGAUGACUUGAACUCGAGAGGACGACGGGUGACCCAUUCGUCGGAGGAGGAACACACGCUGGGUAGGCUCGGGGGUCUUAAGCCUGCUGUAGAGACCAGGCAGGAGAUUCAGGGGGAAAAGCACGAUGAGCAGAGGAGAAAGGGCAGCCUUCCCUUUUCUGGCCGCAGCAACAGGACUAGCGGCAGCAGUAGUGAUGGUGACGGGGAAGCACUCCGAAACGGCCUCUACGCGAAGGACAGCAUUUUGAGGCAGCUUCUGGAAGCGGGGGAGGAAAACAGCAUGGAAGAGGAGGACGAUAGCGAUGAGGUUCGCAAAACGAAUGACAGACAACCUACACAAAGCAACAAAACGAAUGCACCAGAACAGGGAAAAACUUUCCUUCAAAAUGGUGUGCACCAGAUGGGGGAUAAAAUGUCGUCUCUGCAAAGUGAGAACGUGGAAAAGUUAUAUUACCAACACAUUUUUGAGAAUUCCCAAAAGAAGGGGAAGUCAAAGUCGAUGGAUGAUCCCGACGACAGCGGCACCGACAGCUUUAAGAAUAUCUUUUACAAUCGGAAGAAGAAGAAGAAGAAAAAGAAGGGAAAACUGGGUUGCAUGCCUGAGAUGGAGCAGAUAACAAAUGGAGCAAAUGGAGAGGCGAAAGAAAGCAACUCCGAGGUGGAAGUGCUGAACACAGUAGAUGCAGCCAACUCGGACGCCUCUUCCCCCUCGAAGAGCGAGACGCACAAGCAGGCGCAGUACUUCCGAAGCUACAUCAAAAGCAGUGAAGAAAUAAAGCAAAUACGAUUCGAGUUCAAGCAGCUCAUCCAAACGAUAGAUUCCUUCAUUGUGCAGAAUUCAACCAGUGAGGAAAUUAUGGGCGUGAAAAGUCUGACUCAAGGAAAUGAUCAUACCAGUGGAACGCAAAACUCGCACAAGAGAGAGAGCAAAAAUGAAGCGAACUCCUUCGAGAUGGAUAAAGGGAACGAAGCAGAAGACGAGGGAUCUGCAGAUGAACAGUCCAUGAGAUUUAUCGAUGCUGUCACGUCGGAAGAUAAAAGUGGCUACGUAAUACUUAAGAACGAUGAGGAGUCUCUUAUAGAGGCUCUGGAAAAACUCAGAAUUGAGAAAAGGAAGAAAGACGCAAAGGUGAGCGAAUCAGAUGAGGAGGCAAAUCGAAUUGGCAAAGCAGAUGUGGUAGCUUUACUAGACCCAGGCAUUUUUUUCAAGUGCGUUAACAAGGACCAUUACGAAAAAGCGGCUCAGAUACUACGACAGAAGGGCGAAAACGGUGUUCUAAUCGAAAAGUUUAAUGUGCCCCUUUUGUAUUCACAAAUAAAAUGUCUAAUGGACACGAGAUGGCUGAACGACGAGGUCAUUAACUUCUACAUGAGCAUGCUACAGGAAUAUAAUACGAAAAAUAUUAAAAAGGACAGGCCAAACAAUUAUUUGCCUAAAAUUUUCACCUUCAGCACUUUUUUUUUUCAAUCCCUGAGCUCGAAUGGGACAUACAACUAUAAUAAGGUAUCCCGCUGGACAAAGAGGAAACAGGUAGACAUCUUUUCCUUCGACUUGAUUCUUAUUCCGCUACACGUAGGGGGGAACCACUGGACCCUGGGAUCGAUUAACAUGAAGGAGAAAAAAAUUAAACUCUACGAUUCUUUGAAUAUGUCCAAUGCGAAGUUCUUUGAAUACAUGCGGCACUACCUCGUGGACGAGAUGCGGGACAAGAAACAAAUGGAGCUGGACGUGUCUGCGUGGGAGUACAACCCGGACGGCCGUUCGGAGGUCGGAAUCCCCUGCCAAGAGAACGGUUACGACUGUGGCGUGUUCACCUGCAUGUUCGCCAAGUGCCUAAGCUUUAACCGCAGCUUCGACUUCAGCCAACGGGACAUCAAAGAAAUUCGAAUGAAAAUGGUGAGUCAAGAGGGGCAGGGCGUGCAGAUGCUCGUACGUGUGGACGAUUUGCCACACUGUGACCAGUAG